GCCGGGCUCCUUCCGCACCUUUUUUCCAGUGACUGUGGCCGGCUGCCUCCUCCUCGGGGCCGGGCCAUGGGCGGGGACGGUUGCCGGGGUAUUAAAGGGAGACUCGCCCGCGGCUGGACUGCUUGUACCCCUGCGGCGGCGAACCCGCAGCCCGGUCUGGCUGGAGGACACGCGCCGCGGGAGCCCGUGUACGGCGGCCCCGAGCGUUGAGGCGUGAAGUUACUGCUUUGAAGACAUCAUCUUCGGGCUUCCAUCAAUUCCAGGACAUGCGCUGUAAUUCCUGCCUUUGUUCCUCAGUAAGUGAUGUGUGGCUGUGUCCAGGAGCCCCGCUGAGCAACAGUGAUUGGAAGUAAACCAUCUGCCUCCUGAAAUGUCUUCAGAAAAUAAAGAGCAACAUGACCUCUCACAGAGGGAUUUACCUGAAGAAGCCUACGGGUUCCCACCUGAGCGCCCCCUGGAGGUUCAAAGAAGAUCAAGCCCUGACUUGAGGCAGUUUGAGACCAGUAAUCAUAGAACUUUCCGUAGGAUCCACAUGGAACUUAAUGAGAAACCAGAUACUAACAUCAAACAGUUUGUCAUCCGAAAACUCCAGAAGACUUGCCAGUGCAGCACAACCAAAGUCAGAAAUGGGAUUUUUGAUUUCUUUCCUGUUUUGCGGUGGCUCCCAAAAUAUGAUCUGAAGAAAAACAUUUUAGGUGAUGUGAUGUCUGGCCUGAUUGUGGGUAUACUGUUGGUGCCCCAGUCCAUUGCUUACUCUCUGUUGGCUGGCCAGGAGCCUAUCUAUGGUCUAUAUACAUCAUUUUUUGCCAGCAUUAUUUAUUUCCUGUUUGGUACCUCCCGCCACAUCUCUGUGGGCAUUUUUGGAAUACUGUGCCUUAUGAUUGGUGAGGUAGUUGACCGAGAACUACAUAAAGCCUGCCCUGACAUUGAUGCUACAUCAUCUUCAAUAGCAAUGUUUUCAAAUGGAUGUGUGGUUGUAAACCAUACAUUAGAUGGACUCUGUGACAAAAGCUGUUAUGCAAUUAAAAUUGGCAGCACUGUGACAUUCAUGGCUGGAGUUUAUCAGGUAGCAAUGGGCUUCUUUCAAGUGGGCUUUGUCUCUGUCUACCUCUCUGACGCCUUGCUGAGCGGGUUUGUCACUGGUGCCUCCUUCACCAUCCUCACAUCUCAGGCCAAGUACCUCCUUGGGCUGAGCCUUCCUCGGAGUCAUGGUGUAGGCUCAGUCAUUACUACCUGGAUCCACAUCUUCAGAAACAUCCAUAAGACCAACAUCUGUGAUCUCAUCACCAGCCUUUUGUGUCUCCUGGUCCUUGUGCCAACCAAAGAACUCAAUGAACACUUCAAGUCCAAGCUCAAGGCUCCAAUUCCAAUCGAGCUCGUUGUCGUUGUGGCGGCCACAUUGGCUUCUCAUUUCGGAAAACUAAAUGAGAAUUACAAUUCCAGCAUUGCUGAACACAUUCCCACUGGGUUUAUGCCACCCCAAGCACCAGACUGGAGCCUCAUUCCUAAUGUGGCUGUAGAUGCAAUAGCUAUUUCUAUCAUUGGUUUUGCUAUCACUGUCUCGCUUUCCGAGAUGUUUGCCAAGAAACAUGGCUACACAGUCAAAGCAAACCAAGAAAUGUAUGCCAUUGGCUUUUGCAAUAUCAUCCCUUCCUUCUUCCACUGUAUAACUACUAGUGCAGCUCUUGCAAAGACGCUGGUUAAAGAGUCAACAGGCUGCCAGACGCAGUUGUCAGCCAUAGUGACAGCCCUUGUUCUUUUGUUGGUCCUUCUGGUAAUAGCGCCUUUAUUCUAUUCCCUUCAAAAAUGUGUCCUUGGUGUGAUCACUAUUGUAAAUCUCCGGGGUGCACUUCUGAAGUUUAGAGACCUGCCAAAGAUGUGGAGGCUCAGCAGAAUGGACACAGUUAUCUGGUUUGUGACAAUGCUGGCCUCUGCUCUCUUAAGCACUGAAAUAGGCCUGCUCGUUGGGGUUUGCUUUUCGAUGUUUUGUGUGAUUCUCCGUACUCAGAAGCCAAAGAUAUCACUGCUUGGUUUAGAAGAAGAAUCUGAAAUCUUUGAAUCCAUUUCCACUUACAAGAACCUUCGGAGUAAGUCAGGCAUCAAGGUUUUCCGCUUCAUAGCCCCUCUCUACUACAUAAACAAAGAAUGCUUUAAAUCAGCUUUGUAUAAGAAGACUCUUAACCCAGUCUUGGUAAAGGCAGCUUGGAAAAAGGUGGCAAAGAGGAAACUCGAAGAGGAAACCGUGACUUUUCGUGGGGACCCGGAUGAAGUUUCAAUGCAGCUUUCCCAUGAUCCCUUGGAGGUGCACACUAUCGUGAUUGACUGUAGUGCAAUACAGUUUUUAGAUACAGCAGGGAUCCACACACUGAAAGAAGUUCGCCGGGAUUAUGAAGCCGUUGGUAUCCAGGUUUUACUGGCUCAGUGCAAUCCUUCUGUGAGGGAUUCCUUAGCCAGAGGAGAAUAUUGCAAAAAGGAAGAAGAGAAUCUUCUCUUCUACAGUUUGUCUGAAGCGGUAGCUUUUGCAGAAGAUGCUCAGAAUCAGAAAGGGGUGUGUGUUGUCAAUGGUCUGAGUCUUUCUGGUGACUGAGAGAAUCUGAGUCUUUCCGGUGACUUGGAAAGGUAAUAAAAGGACGAAUAGUGUCUUGCCUGUUUCAGUGUGCAACGUUUUCUACUGCGAAAGGCGAAAUCGAUGCACACUUGAAAUAGUUCUCCUUUAAAGCUAGCCUUUUUAUGUGCAGUAGAGCUUUUGGUU